AUGAAAUCCCUACUACUCUUUACCGCUGUCGUUCUGGCCACGGUACAUUCGGUAGCUGUCGAUCCACGCAAGAUCGAUUGGACGUUGGUACGCACGCUGCACCAAACUGAUGCUUUCCGCGCGAAGCAAGGACUUCCACCGCUGACGGACGAUGAGAUACGGUCGGGACGGAUUGCCGACGGUCAGAUUGCAUCUCCAACACAGGUCCCGUGGGCAGCCGGUGUGCUCAUAUCCGGUUCAUCGUCGCACAGCUUCUGCAGUGGUGUGCUGAUCUCUCGACGACAUGUUCUGACGGCCGCAGUUUGCAUUUCUGGUUCUAACACGCUAACCGUCCUACUGGGUGCCUCCGAUAUGACGCGCGUCGAGGAGUUCAUCGGCGUGUCGAACAUUCUGUCGCAUCCGAACUAUAGCUCGUUCUUCAAUCGGGAUGAUAUUGCCAUCCUGACGCUAUCACAAGAAGCUCCAAUCCGGGAUACGAUCCGCCCAAUCGAUUUGCCCCGCCAGAGCCAAGCCGGGAAUGAUUUCAACAGUUGGGCCGCUACGACCUCCGGCUGGGGCAACUCUGGACGUCGGGAAAAUGAGCCCAUUCCCGUCCAGAAUCUACAGUUCGCUGUCGAUGCGGUUACAUCCAACCUGCGCUGUGGAUUGUCCCACACAUUCAUUCGUAGUACGCACAUUUGCACACUGACAGACAAUGGAGGACCUUGCAAUGGUGACGAGGGUGGACCAGUGACGGUUACGGAAAGUGGACGUACAAUCCUAGUGGGCAUUCACUCCUUCCACUUCUCCGGCCUGUUCGGAUGCGAUCGUGGACGUCCCUCAGUACAUACACGCAUCACGGAAUAUCUGGGCUGGAUCCAGCAGAAUUCGGAUGCCAUUGUAGAGCCAUAG